AUGAAGCUUUCCUUCACCAAGUCGUCUUCAAAGCCCAAGCAUCAGCAGAAUGCUUUCAACGGCGGUAGCAUCGUAAACCAUGAUGCAUCAGAGAAGCAGUUCGUCACAGAGUUCGACCCUUCUAAAACCCUAGCAUCCAAUCAACGUUCACACAGACUCGUGAUCCCUCCUAAAGAAAACGAAUGGAGACCCCUCAAGAAGAUGAAGAAUCUCGAAUUACCUCUAGGAUCUACCGAUGACGACGGAAUCGCUCUCCAAUUCGAGGUGGCCACCGACACGAUUGGGAACGGCAAGGGUUCCAAUAUGUCGUUUGGUCUCAAUCUUCGCAAUUCGUUGAAGAAUGAUGCGGAUGUUGUCUCCGCUGGACAGUCGAAACCUUCCUCAAUUGAGACGCUGAUGAUGCAGAAAUUCAGGGAGGAUAUGAGUAAUUUGCCCGAUUUUGUUAUGGAGGAUUAUGACGAGAUGCCGGUUGAGGGUUUUGGAGCCGCGUUACUUGCUGGAUAUGGCUGGAAAAUUAUGGUUAAGAACUUGGAUCGGGGAAGACAAAACUGUCACGAGGAAAUGGAAGGAACGAAAGAAGAAGAUAAUAGUACUGCUAUAGACGCUAAUGACGUCGGAGCCGAUACUGGAGCUGUCGCGAGAGCUUGCGGUUGCCAAUUUGACGUUAAUGGUGUUUCAUCCAUUGUUUUGUGUGAAGAAUGA